AUGCCCGCCCAAAAGUGCGUCCACCAGGGCUGCGGCAAGGAGUUCACCGACCCCGACGAGAAGUGCGAGUAUCACCCGGGCCCGCCCAUCUUUCACGAGGGACAGAAAGGAUGGAAGUGUUGCAAGCCCCGCGUCCUGACGUUUGACGAGUUCAUGACCAUCCCGCCCUGCACGACGGGCACGCACUCGACCACCGACAAGCCCCCGCAGCUCGAGGAGAACAAGCCGGCCGAGGACGACGCCUCGCUGGCCAAGAAGAUUGCCGCCCUCACAGCCGACGGCCCGGCGCCCGCGCGCGUGCCCCUCCAGCCCGCACAGCACGCGCCGACGCCACCCCCGCCCCCGCCCGAGACGGACGACGACGACGUUUCGCUGGAGAUCCCCGACGGCAAGGAGUGCAGGCGGCGGACGUGCGGGCACAAGUACAAGAAGGGCGCCGCGAGGGACGGCGAGAAGUGCGUGCACCACCCGGGCGUGCCCAUCUUCCACGAGGGCAGCAAGGGCUACUCGUGCUGCAAGCGGCGGGUGCUCGAGUUUGACCAGUUCAUGAAGAUUGAGGGCUGCAAGACCAAGGACAGGCACCUGUUUAUCGGCAGCGGCGAGAAGAAGGAAAAGGCAGGGUCGUCGGGGGAGGAGAUUUUGGAUACGGUCAGACACGACUUUUACCAGACGCCAACGAGCGUCAUCGCGUCCUUUUUCCUCAAAAAGAUCAACAAGGACACGGCCAAGGUGGAGUUCCAGCCCAAGCAGCUGACGCUGGACCUCGCGACGACGGACUCGCCGCCCAAGCGGUACUCGGCCGAGGUGCCGCUCUACGGGGCCAUUGACGCGCAAAAGUCGUCGUACAAGGUGCUGGGGACCAAGCUGGAGCUGAACCUGGCCAAGGCGGAUGGCGCGUCGUGGCCGGUGCUGCGAGGCGACGAGGCGACGACGGGGGAGAUUCUGCAGAUUGGGCGUGCUGGACGGGCGUAG